GUGGUCGUAAACUUUAACUGGAGCGUGACGGAUAAGAAGAUAGGUAUAGGCUCGUGGUUUUGGCAAACGAUAUUUUGCAAGAAGGAAGACCGGCGGACGUCAAUGAUGUGAUUGUCUUAACUCUAUCAUGGGCAGUCAGUAACAUCAAUAUUAGUAGGAGUGAGAAAUAUUUGCGGAAUACUUACAGAAGAUUCUGAAGUUGAUGGCAGCGGCGAAUUAUCCCUGAAGCCAUCAUGGUCUUCGUCAUAUUGGCUUGGUCACUGACAGUAGCAGCAGCACUUCUACUUUUACCCGGCCAAUCAGAGUCUUGUUCGGUUUUUGGACACCCAAAGGGCACAAAAACGACUCGAGCCUGUGCUGGUCAGUCAGCAGCACAGUUGGAGCAUGGACGUACAGAACAUCUCCCGGAACCCGUUGGAGACUUCAUUAUAAAAAAUUAUGGUGCUGUCGAUCAGGUACUGGUGCUGACUGUAACCCUCAUCUCUGCAUCUCUCUCAGACUGGAUGGAGGAAGCCAUCAACCACGAUGAUGUCAGAGCGGAGAUUUAUUACUCAACUUCCGAAUAUUGUGUUUAUGUAAGCUGUCCGGAUGCUCACAAUUUUACCUGUGUUGUAAGAAACUUCCAAGAUAUCAACAGUUAUUUGCUAAUUGCCGUCAAUGUAUCGGACAACAAGGGAAAUUGGAAGAAACACUGUCUCAAAAAACUGCAGACGCUGCCAAGAGCCAAGGCCGCUGCUGUCGACAACUUCAAAGUCACGCAUUUGAAUUCAUCCACGGUGGAUGUCAGCUGGAGGGGAACAGUCUUAACCGAAGCAAACCAUCCAGUGAGGUAUCGGGUGAAACUCAGCAUGAAUAACUUUAACCAUCAGGAGGAGAGGAUAUACUACGGAACACCGCCCAAUAGAAUUCAAAAUAGAACUCAACAACACCAGAUUACCGGGCUUAUUUCGCAUGGGGUGUACAGCGUAACACUGACGGUGCAACCUGUCACCCUGGACGAUGCCAUGAUGGCCACUGGCUUUUCAAGUGACCCUGUCAGUCGUUCUGUAACAAUGCCCGAAGAUGUUCCAGCACGAAAUCCACAUUGGGCCCCAGGAAAAUUCAGCAUCGACGAUUGUGGUGAUAGUGGAUAUGAUUGUAAGUCUACAUCUAUUACGAUAUACUGGCAGGCUUUACAAGAAAUAUUCCGAAACGGUAUGAUCCAAUAUAUAGUCACAGUCAAAAAUAUCAGCAGAACUAACAGUGAGGGACUACUUACGAGAGAGAAAAUAGCAGCAAAUAAAACCUCAUAUCAGAUCAAGGACCUAAACAAAGGGACUACAUACAAGGUAGAACUUGAAGCGGCGACAGCUAAAGGGACAAAUUCAUCAGCAGAUCCAAGUGUCUUUAACCUAGACGAAAAUACGCUUGCAGCAUCCCCACGGCCCUCUCGUGUUGAAGCGAUCAAGCCAAGAGAUCACAGGUCAAUUCUUGUGACUUGGAAAGGAGCGCGCGGAAGCAAUUACAGUGUAGUGUGGUGUCGGGAGGGUAAAAAUGACCAAGUCGGCAAGUGCAAGGGAACAGUCUGGUCACUAUCGGUUGGAACUGCAACAUCUGUCAAAGUUCCCCUUACAGAGAAGGAAGAGAGAUAUCGUGUUGGAGUGUGGAUGGAUGAUGGAACAGCUGGUAUUGUUUGGAGUUCUUGUGUGUUCCAGGAGGGAGUCUCACCAAAGGCAGUGCCUCCUGCCGAUAUUUACAGCCAGACAGGACAUCUGGUGGUCAAAGUGAAAAAGUACAGAUGUGAGGACAGUGCUGCCCCUAUUACAAGUCUGAAGUAUUACGUAAACUACUGCUUGACGAAUGACAAAAAGACUUGUAGUGGUGAAGUCACCAACAAAAGGAUUGGUCCUGAUGAAAUAAACAAGCAGUUUGUGUACGCUGUUGAACCAAACCACUUCUACAAGGUGACCAUCUACGCCGAAGCCGAAGGAGGCCGAAGCCCCAAGUUGGUUCAGAACCAUUUUGUGCCAAUGUCGACAAAAGGUCGAAUAUUCGGCGCAGCUUUUGGAAGUGUGGUGGCUGGUUUAUUUAUAAUAGGAGUGAUCGUUAGUCUCGUGUUCUAUAGAAAGCAUGUGAAGAAAUAUCCAGUGCAUAUUGAGAAAGUCUCCACAGUAGCAUUGUUCAUAGACAAGGAGGAUGGUGAUGAUGAAUACGAGGAAUUCCCCGAGGAAGAUCUGAUGAUUAGGAGUGUGGAACCAGAUAACCCGAUUGAGGAAUGUAAUACUGGUGUAGAAGAACAACAUCCACUGACAAGGAAGAUGCAGCCUGAUAUGCUAACUCCGGAGGAGGACAUUCCACAGAACUACAUUGACGAUUAUGCCAGAGUUACAUUUACCACUGAAAUGAUGAUAGCGCGCCUGGCGGGAUUGGAGGACCUGUUGAAAAGAAGGGAGCGCCCAGGCGAAGCCGACGUUACCAGGGAGGUCUCCAACAAGGAAGUGGAACCCAUCCCCGAAAUUAUAGGUAAUCUGGAAAGAAUGGAUGAGGACAUGGCGUCUACCAGAAGCAGCAUCAGCAACAUUAUGAAUUCCGUAGGCGAUUAUUCUGGAAACGGUCACUUCGAAAGCAUUGAAGUUCCUGAAUCAGAAGAUAUUCAAAUGCCAGAAACGGACGAUAAUUCAGGGGAUGAGUGGAAAUGUUACGAUCAUGCCUUAUAUACUGAAGAUGACGACACUGAUUCAGAAGGUGAUUCGGAAGGUGAUGGGUAUUCUUUGGUUCAUCUAUCUACUCAAGGAUAUUUGGGUGAUAUGUUCGGCGGUAACGGUGGCGUGAAAUCGAAUGAGGGCUAUUCGUGGCUACAUUCGAAUGAGCCAGGUGUGACCUCAAAUGGGAGCAACGCCCAUUUUCAUUCGAAUGGUGUGAACUCGUCAAAUGAUGAAUAUUCAGGACUGCAUUCGAAGAGCAUGGACUCAAAUGAGAAUGAUUCGACUGCGGAUGACUUUGAUUCCUUAGAGGAUUACUCGAAAUUCCGACCUUUAAUCAAAACUAAUGAACGAUCACCAGUACUAUGUCCAUUGUCCUCAUUUGAGGAGUACAAAGGAAUCCAUGAGUCUGGACUUGAUCCGAACGGUGAUGGCGCCACCUUGUCAGUGCUACCACCACUUCGUGACGACUUUAUGAUAGACUAGACAUCAUAAUAUUAUGAGGCCAACAGGUUAAAAGUCCAAAAGAUGAAAGAUUUGAAUGAAAUCGAAAGACGAACUGUAUAAUAUUUCAAUAGUUUCUUGGAUAUUCAGAAACGGCUACACUCCUAGCUCAGCGAAACUCGAGUAUGAAUGAUAUUUUUGUACCAUUAUGU